AUGCACCAGUUAGGAGCUGGAGAGAUAUCUGAUGAUCUAGACAUGGUAUUGGACAAGUAUGCAGAGGCAUUUAAGGAGGGCCUAGGUACUAUGAAAGGUGUCAAAGCCAAUAGAUAUGUGGACGCAGGAGCUACUCCCAAAUAUUUCAAAGCCAGGCCUGUACCCUAUUUCACUCUUAAAAAGGUAGAGGAGGAAUUAGGACGGCUAGAGAGGGAAGGAACGAUUGAGCCAGUUCAAUUCUUGGAAUGGGCAGCUCCAAUUGUACCCAUUGUGAAAGAGGAGCAAUCUAUCUGGAUUUGUGGUGAUUAUAAGGUCACAUUUAAUGCAGUGUCCAAGCUUGGCAAUUACCCUAUACCCAAAAUUGAAGACUUGUGGAGUCUACAGAGAGGGUCGGAAAAAUUAUGCGGAUGGACUAAGUCGACUGCCAAUGCAGUAAAACUAAGUGAACCUCCAAUUCCAGGUGAUAUUAAUAUGGUACUGCAACAGCUAGAGGACUCACCAGUAAAAGUGGAACAGGUUAGGUCAUGGACUUUGCAAGUUCCACUGCUUGCCAAGAUCACGAGCUACGUAAAAUCUGGAUGGCCCCCAAAGAACACUGAUACCCAAAUGAGUCCAUACUACAGCAUCCGCACAGAGUUGAGUGUGGAGGAUGGAUGUCUGCUUCGCGGUAGUCGGGUCAUUAUUCCCCUCAAGGGAUAA